AUGUCGUCCCACUCUUCCACCGCCCUCCUCCUCCCCUCCGUCACUGGCAACAACACCCGCCCCAUCUCCAUCCUCCUCAUCAAUCCCAACUCCACCCCCUCCAUGACCGAAGCCUGCCUGCGCAGCAUCUCCCUCACCCUCCCACCACACGUCACAGUUCACGGCUUCACAGCUCCAUCCACAGCCCCGUCUGCCAUCGAGGGGAGGACCGACGCCGUCCUCUCGGCUGCAGACUGCUUCCGGGCCCUCCACCCUUUACUAUCCCCUACCACUCCCACCAACCCAUCGACCUCUCCAUCUCAGCCUCGCUUCGACGCCUUCCUGGUGGCGUGCUUCUCCGCACACCCGCUCAUCCCCAUGCUGCGCGAGGAAUAUCCCCAGCCCACCAUAGGCAUCAUGGAGGCGGCCCUGUACGCAAGCCGGAUGUGCGGAGAGAGACUGGGCGUAAUCACCACGAGCCAGAGGAGCAAAGUCCUACACGCAGACACGAUCAACACGACAUACGGCCUGGGCAACUUCUCGGCGGGCUGUGUGGCCUCCAACAUCAACGUGCUGGAGCUGGAGUCGAAGCCCAGGGACGAGGUCUACGCGAGUCUGGUGGGGGCUGCCAAGGGGCUGGUGGAGGACAAGGGGGCGGAUUGUAUCUGUCUGGGCUGUGCGGGGAUGACGGAGAUGCUGGAGGUCUGCCAGGCAGCGGUGGGGAAGGAGAGGGAGGUCAUGGUUGUUGAUGGGGUUGCGGUGGGUGUGCACUUUCUUGUUGGGCUGGUCAGGGAGAACUUGGGCACGGCUAAGGGGGGAGGUUAUCGGAGUUCAGCUGCUGGGAGGGCAAGAAGACAGCAGGACUGGAUUUAG